UCUGAUAGACUUACUAGGAAAACCACAAGAUGAGUUGACAUGAAAAGUGUAGGCGUAUUUGUUAUUAGCAGCACACAGUACUUUGACAGUGUGGUGCGAAAAAGUUAACUUUACGAUGGAGUCUACGAACAGGAUAUUCUUUAACUUCUUGUUGGUCCUUCUGAAUAUUCUUCAGGUUUAUUCAGACUUAACAAGACACCACAACUACGACCUGCUGCACAAUAGACAUUGUGGAUUCAGCGAAAGCAGUAGAAUCAUAGGAGGUGAGGAUGCAGAGAUGGGACAGUAUCCCUGGAUGGCGCUGCUUGCAUAUGUAAAUGUUAAGAAAGGUGAGACUGUAUACUACUGUGGAGGAGCUGUUAUAAGUAGAAGGUACAUCUUAACUGCAGCUCACUGCGUACACUAUCAUCGUAUUAAGUCUCUCAUGGUUCUCCUAGGAGAGUACAAGCUAGAUGAGGACCCUGACUGUGAUGGUGACAUGUGUGCCCCUCCUGUACAGAGGAUGAGAGUACAAGAGGUUCUACGUCAUCAGGACUUCAGGUACGCCAACAUGACGUCACCACACGAUAUUGCUCUAGUUCGAACUGCUGCAGACAUUAAUUUUAAUGAUUUUGUUCAGCCGAUUUGUUUACCUUUUCAUCAAUCAAACAUUAGACCUAAUACGGCGGAGGUAGCUGGAUGGGGCAGUAACACUAAAUAUGGUAAAAUAAGAACCACUACAGUCCUGCAACGUUUACGAAUGAAGCUGGUGCCAGCUGAAGACUGUCUCUUGAAGGUAUACGAAGGACAGUUGUGUACUGAAGCUAGUCGCUCGAAGGACACGUGUAAUGGAGACUCUGGUGGUCCUCUCAUGAUGAUUUUACCUGACCAUCUACAGUAUAUUCCUAGAUAUUACCUCAUCGGGGUGUUGUCAUACGGAUACCAGAUCUGCGCGUAUUCAAAGAGACCAACGACUGUCUACACUGAUGUCUCCAUGUACCUUGAGUGGAUACUAGAUAGCAUUUAUUGAUUUUACAUAACAAAUUGUACAGGAUGAAGAAUAACUACCACAUAACCUCUGACACAAGCACAAUCAUACAAAAGAUAAAACAAACCAUUACAACUUCAAUAAUAUAAUAAACCAAACCCCUUAUACAAGCAACGUAACACAUAGACGUACAUGACACUACACAUAUACAUAAUCGUACAAAACAUAAAAGGACAAAUGAACAUGGACAAUUUCAAUCUCAUUUCAAUUAUCCAUCAAAUACUUUUCUAUCAUAAUUCCUAACUGAAAACUAACCAGUCAAGCACACAAAUACAGAUGUAAUUAAAACAAAAUAGACUUAUCUCUUAUGGAUCUAGGGGAAACUAUUUUAUGUUAUGAUUCUGUAGAUGUUUUGUCAUUCAGUAACUUUGUCCCUUGUUAUUUAUUUAAACAUAUUUUAAUCUAUUUGAUUUUAACAUAUAACAAAUAUAUAACAAUAAAUUCAUAUGUCAUAGCUUGUGUCUUGUAUUAAAACAAUUGAAUUAAACACUGUAAAACUACCCAAAACUUAUAACUGUUUGUAUGUAUUAAAUUUUGAAUAAUUAUGCAGUUUAUCAGUGGAUUUUGCAUAUUUUUUACUGAAGUUGAUCAAUUAAACUCCCUCAAGUUUUAAUGUAUAAAGGAAUAAACUAACGAUUCGUAUAGUUAAAUGGUGUAAAUGAGAUAUAACCUUUUUGAAAUACUUUUAGAUUUCAAGGAAGAAUGAGUUUUAAAUUUUGGUAUUUCUAAUCUUCCUUGACACCUAUCCAUUUUCCAU